CCGGAACCAGGCGUGCUGCGUGGGUGGGUGCCGCCAUGCCCAUGUACAAAGUGAGGUCUUUCCACAAGGCCGGCGGGGAGGUGUUGGCGGAGCACUUGCCCUCCUGCAUGUACCGCCUGCCCAACCUCCAUCGCUCCCCCUCGUCCGCCGAGUCGCCUCCACCGCAGGAAGAGGCUGAUCCAUCGCUUCAAGCACUUGAAUCCCGCCAGGAAGAGAUUCUGAAGCGCUUGUAUGAACUGAAGAGUGCUGUCGAUGGUCUCUCAAAGAUGAUACAAACUCCAGAUGCUGACUUUGAUGUAACUAAUGUAAUUCAAACUGAUGAAUCUUCCUGUUUGACAACAAAUGGUGCAGACUUAGAUUUGAUGCUUGGAAAGGAUUAUGGUGCCCUGAAAGAUAUUGUCAUCAAUGCAAAUCCCUCUCUGCCUCCACUGUCAUUAUUAGUACUACACAGUCUGCUUUGUGAACGCUACAAAAUACUAUCAGCUGUUCACACACAUUCAUCAGUGAAAAGUGUGCCAGAAAACCUCUUGAAAUGCUUUGGAGAGCAGACUAAAAAGCAGCCACGUCAUGAAUAUCAGUUGGGCUUCACUCUUAUUUGGAAGGACGUUCCAAAACCACAGAUGAAGUUUAGCAUUCAAACAAUGUGCCCUAUUGAAGGAGAGGGGAACAUUGCUAGAUUUCUCUUUUCCCUCUUUGGCCAGAAGUACAACGCAGUUACUUCAACUCUGAUUGACAGCUGGGUCGAUACAGCCAUCUUCCAGCUAAAAGAAGGUAGCAGUAAGGAAAAAGGAGCAGUCCUGCGCUCCAUGAAUGCUGCCCUGGGCAAGACAUCGUGGUUGGUGGGGAAUGAACUCACCGUAGCAGACAUUGUUGCAUGGUGUGCGCUUCAGCAGACAGGGAGUGCAAAUGCUGCCCCAGCCAAUGUGCAGAAAUGGAUGAAGUCAUGUGAGAACUUGGCACCUUUUAGCUCUGUUAUGAAGCUACUAAAGUAAGCCUGUGCUCUUCAUCGUGGUGCCCUCUUCAUCCUACUCCACCUUCUGCCUACCUGCUGUAGUGGUUUGAGUCCUUUCUGUGUUCAAGUACUACAGUUGGACAGAGUUUUAAAAUUAAUAAAACAUGAGAGCUGCCUUUUGGGUGUCACCUUUUUGUGUUUUGUAACUGAUGCAUAACAUACGUGUUUGUUCAAUGGUUAUGAAGUCUCUAAAGUAGUCCUACAUAAAUACAAGCUACACUUUUA